UUAGUCUAAUUCUGUAAUGAGUUGUACGAGUCAUAAUAAAUUAUAAAUCUGACACAGACCUUGGAGCCAAGAUCAUUAGGCCAUCAUAGGCCAUUCGAUAGUGCUUUAUCAUCUUCGUUUAGAACACGUGUUCGGAAUAACUAACUAUUAAAAAUGGGAAAAAAGUUAACGGCAAAAAUUGGACCUUCGAUUUUAAAUGCCGAUUUGGCACAACUUUCGGAGGAAUCACAAAGAUUAAUUAAAAAUGGUGCCGACUAUUUGCAUUUAGAUGUUAUGGAUGGACACUUUGUACCUAACCUUACUUUUGGACACCCAUUGGUAAAAUGCCUUCGCAGUAAAGUGAAAGAUGCUUUUCUAGAAACGCACAUGAUGGUUUCUAAACCAGAACAGUGGAUAGAGCCUAUGGCCGAUGCUGGUGUCAACCAAUAUACUUUCCAUGUUGAACCUGUGAAGGAUGUCCCUCUACUUUGUAGAAAAAUAAAAGAAGCAGGAAUGACUGUUGGAGUAGCUCUUAAGCCUGGUACACCAGUGGAUGUGGUUGUAGAUUACAUUGAUUUAGCAGAUAUGGUAUUAAUUAUGACAGUAGAGCCAGGAUUUGGUGGCCAAAAGUUCAUGGAACCAAUGAUGGAAAAAGUAGCAUGGUUGAGAAAAAACUACCCUACGUUAGAUAUAGAAGUAGAUGGUGGUGUUGGGCCAGCUACUAUUGAUGCAUGUGCAAAAGCUGGGGCAAAUAUGAUCGUUUCCGGAACUGCAGUUAUAGGUUCUUCUGACCAAGCAAAAGUCAUAAACACUUUAAGAGAUACAGUGAAUUGUGUAUUACAAGGCAAUUGAAAGUAGGAAUAAAAAUAACUUUGUAUAUAUUACAAAUUUUGUAAAUAUUUUAUAGUAUAAUAUUAUACAAUGUUUACAAAGAAAAGGAAAAGAAUAAAAAAAUUGAAUUUUUUAAAGU